UUCUCCUACUUACCAACUUGCAGGUUUGGGCAAGAUGUUAGCUUCAGCUUCUAUACACUCUUCUACUUCUUCUUCAAUCUCUGUCUCACUGCGUCCAGCCAGGAGAUACGCUGUUCUUGGCGCUGGUUUUGCUGGUCUCUCCGUGGCGUGGCAUUUGUUAAAGAACAAUGAUAAAGAUGUAAACUUGAGGAUUGAUAUAUUUGACGAAGUGGGUAUCGGAGGAGGUGCCUCUGGUGUUUCCGGUGGUCUUCUUCACCCUUAUUCUCCUAAAGCUAAGCUUCUUUGGAGGGGUGCUGAGUGUUGGAAUGAAUGUUUGAAGCUUCUAAGUAUUGCUGAAAAGGCAGCUCUCCCCAUAGAUUCAAUUUCUGAAUUUGGUGAUUCGUGUCACGGGUUUAACAAUUUCAUUGUUAGGAGAAGGGGCAUUUUGAGACCAGCAACAAGCAUGAAGAAUCUAAAUGUGCUAUAUGAUAAUGCUCAGAAUUGCGAUGCUAGUUGCAGAAUAGAGACCGUUGAUGCGGAUAGUGCACAAAAUCUUGUGCCUAAUAUAUGUCUACCUUUCAAAUCAGCCUUCUACAUGCCUCAAGCUGUAAAUGUCCAUCCUCUGCGCUAUCUUCGGGCACUGUUCUUGGCAUGUGAAAAACUAGUGAGAGAUUUAUCUGCUUCCUGCCAUGGAAAGAAAGAGAUAUUCUUGCAUAAGCAAUCUAUUCAAAGACUUGUUGAAUUAGAAGGGGACUAUGAUGCAGUGAUAAUAUCUUUAGGUGCCAAAGCAAACAUGCUACCAGAGCUUGCCGGGAGGCUUCCCUUGAGAACAUGUCGAGGUAUAAUUGCCCAUAUGCAGCUGCCUGAUAAUAUAAGGGAAGAGUAUCCCAAUUGUGCGCCUUCAAUUUUGUCGGAUGCAUGGCUUGCCGUGCAAGGGAGUCGCAGUUUAUAUAUGGGCUCGACUUGGGAAUGGAAAUCAAGAAACUCGUCUCCGAUUGUCUCAGCAGACGAAGCUGAGAAAGCCCUGCAAGAGCUUCUGCCGAAGGCAUCUGCAUUUUACCCCAGAAUACAGGAUUGGAGUUUUGCUGGAGCAAAAGCAGGUUUGAGGGCAAUGCCGCCACUAACUCCUAAUGGUUCACUUCCACUUUUAGGCUGUGUUAAUGAUUUUGUUGGUGAAAGUAGUACUUGUAAAUUCUGGUUAAUUGGGGGACUGGGUUCGAGAGGAUUAUUAUACCAUGCUUUCCUAGGAAAUUUGAUGGCACGGGCUGUGAUUUCCUCUAAUGAACAACUUAUACCUGAUGAGCUGACCUCUUGGAAAAUUAAGAAUUGAUAAUCGACAAUUUUGACUAUCAAAACAUAGUUUAGCUGAAUGUUAGCUUGUAGGCAUUUCUGUGUUUAACAUUGUAAAAGCAAACGAUCAUAUGAAAGCGAGAAAAUGGUAACUCAGCCACAGCUACCUUAAAAACAAAA